AGCAACUUCUGCUGAAACAACAACUGCGGUAGAAACAACAACUACGGCCGAAACAACAACUGCGGCUGCUACAACAACCGUGACCGAAACAACAACCGCGGCUGCUACAACAACUUCGGCAGAAACAACAACUGCGGCGGCUACAACAACUGCGGCCGAAACAACAACCUCGGCUGAAACAACAACCGCGGCUGCUACAACAACUGCGGCAGAAACAACAACAUUGGCAGAAACAACAACCGCGGUAGAAACAACAACUACGGCCGAAACAACAACCGCGGCUGCUACAACAACUUCGGCAGAAACAACAACUGCGGCUGCUACAACAACUUCGGUAGAAACAACAACUGCGGCUGCUACAACAACUGCGGCUGAAACAACAACCGCGACUGCUACAACAACUUCGGCAGAAACAACAACUGCAGUAGAAACAACAACUACGGCCGAAACAACAACUACAGGUGCUACAACAACUGCGGCUGCUACAACAACUUCAUCAGAAACAACAACUGCGGUAGAAACAACAACUGCGGCCGAAACAACAACCGCGGCUGCUACAACAACUGCGACAGAAACAACAACUGCGGCUGCUACAACAACUGCGGCUGAAACAACAACCGCGGCUGCUACAACAACUUCGGCAGAAAUAACAAUUUCGGUAGAAACAACAACUUCGGCCGAAACAACAACUGCGGCUGCUACAACAACUGCGGCUGAAACAACAACUUCGGCAGCUUCAACAACCACGGCAUCUACUCCAACACAACCUCCUACUACAACUCAGCCGUCUACUACAACACAAAAACCAACAACAGCAUCUCCCGAGCUUCCAUCGCGUGGCUUCUUCUUGGAGUAUGGCACAACAGCCGGGGACCAGGCCUCAUUCGCCUCUGACGAUACGUGUACCGCUCUCCCCAAUCUUGGAUACCGGGUACCAUUCCGCGGUACGGGAUACAGAAAAAUAUACAUUUGUCCGAAUGGCCUUAUUUGCUUCAAGCAACCAUUUUUGGGUUAUUCCCCACCAAGCAACAGUCGAGGUUACAGCGAAGACUUCAGGGGCGCCGUUUGCAUCGCGCCUUAUUUUGCAGAUCUAUUUGUGACAAACAAUCAGUUGUUUUACCAGUCUUAUGACUUUGCAACUGUUACUGAUGCUAAUGUGAGCGCUAAGGUGAAGGGAUUUGUGAACGAAAGCUAUGGCGAGGCCAACUUCGAGCCCAUCUAUGUGCUGAAAGCCACAUGGAAUGCGGCAAAAAGAUUUGGAGGAAAUGAUAACGUUACGUUCCAAGUCGUAUUUACAACAGACGGAUAUCAUUCGUACUCGUUCAACUCGUACCUUAAUGGCGGAAUGCUUGAUACGUUUGGCUCACCAUUUAUUGGUUACAUCGAUAAUGGUGGCUACGAGGGACUCGACAAUACAGCCGACGGCAGCUACUUACGUAGAGCUGAUCAAAAUCUAAAAUUUAAUAAACAAUACAAAGGUGCCGUCAGUUUUGAUUACACAAUUAAGACGAAUAUUCAAGAUAACGACGAACUAGCGUGCAAAGUCUGGAACAAGAAAGAGAAAUCCAAGGCAACCCAGUAUGAGACCAUUGCAUGGCAAAUGCCUGUUUGUCCGUGCUUUUUGGAUUGGUUGCAAUGGGACCGGAGCUUCAGUUUGUGGGACUACACUUGGCACUCUGCAAACGUCAUCCACGUUCCUAUGGAACCUACACGUCUUUCACGGCCAUAUGGAAAGUCAUGUGCCUAUGAUGUCUCCACCUUUUCUUUCAUCGGAUUUGGGCAAGAAGCCGGGACCUUUGCUUCUGUCAAUCGGUUGGUCAAUCUCCGUAGCCAUCAGUUGGAGGACCUACACUACAGGGAUGUGUGUUGUGAGAGGACAGAUCUCUGUGACCUGUACUGGGAAGUCAGGCCUCUCGUUUCGCAAUGUUAUUCGUUGUUCCCGUUCUCGCUGCGAGCCCGAGGAGUCGGUGAUCCUCACUUCAACACGUUAGAUGGCGCAAACUUCACCUUCAACGGCCAUGGCGAAUACGUCAUGCUGAAAGUAAGUGAACAAGAUGUAGCCCUCCAAAUCCAGUGCCGAACACAAAGAGCGAAGAAAGCCACAGGGGAUCUCUCUGACGCUACCGUGUUCUCAGGCUUUGCGAUACAGGGCGAUGGGGUCUGGAUGCAAGUGGAGCUGAACGAGGCAGGGAACAGGACACAGCUUUUCGUGGGCACGAAUAAAACCUCGUGGGCGGACUACACGAAUGACUACUACAACCCUGAAACUAUGGUCAUCAAAUCGGUCACCGGACUGACCGUAUCAAGGAACAUGUCUGAGAAAACAAUUUCGGCUUUCUUCAGUGAUUCAGGAGUCACAUUCAAUGUCACAGAAGGAAACGGGCUUCUUCAGAUGGCGAUCGCGAUGCCAAACACUUUGAAAAACAAGAAGACCGUUGGGUUGCUGGGUAACUACAAUGACAAUGAUACAGAUGACUUCAUACCACGUGGUGCCAACACUUCCCUAUCAAGACCUUCUGAACGACAGAUUUUCGAAAAAUUCGGCAGUACAUGGAUUACAACCGCACAAGAGUCCAUUUUCAAGUAUGGAGACGGCUUCACCCACGCCAAUUUCAUACAAGCGAACUUUACUCCGAAAUUCCUGGAAGAAGCCAACGCUACAUUACGAGCGGAAGCAGAGAAGAAGUGCAGUGGAAACCUUCAGUGUGUAUUUGAUUUAGUCUUCACUGGCAAUGAGCAACUUGCAAAGGAGACCGGAAGUACUGAAGAAAAGGCGGUACUAACAAAUGAGGCAGCAAGCAACCGAAUCCCGAAUAUAACUGUGGUGGCAGGAGUACAGGUGGUGGGCAACAAGAACAUUUUGACACUUAACGUCAACGAAUCAAGAUCAAUCACAAUCAAAGGAGAAGACGAUGGAAGCAUAUUAAACUACAAAGUGCUCGGCACCUCCGGUGCUACGCUUGGCAUGGAACAAGCGGACAAGUCUAUGAACGUCACGUUAAAAUUGACGGACACUAAUCCGAAGGAUUUAAGUGUCACUGUCAUAGACAGCAAGAAUGUGAGCGCUCCCAUUCUGGACAUCGUCCUCGUAGUGUGUUCUCUGUGUAGCGGUCACGGCACGUGCAACACGAGCGUGUUGAGAGAGGUCCAUGGCAAUCCUAACUUCAAAUUAGCAACAUGCCAAUGCGAGCCGUACUGGGCAGGUGAUGAUUGCCAAUUAGAUUUUGACGCAUGUGCAGAAAAUCCUUGCUCAGUCGGACGCAACUGCACGGACACAAAAGCGGAAGCACACAAAGCAAAUACAUCAUUACCGACUUACACCUGCACUCCAUGCCCAGCGGGAUUUGAAGACAACAAUUCUAAGUGCGAGGAUAUCGACGAAUGUAAGAGCACGCCUUGUGGUCCUAAUUCUAAUUGUGUCAAUACCGAAGGGAGUUUCACGUGUGUUUGCAAUGCUGGAUACCGCUUGUCUUCAAUCAAUAAAACCGUAUGUAACGAUAUAAACGAGUGUGAAGAGUCAACUAGCGGCUGUGACCAAGGCUGCAACAACACCCAGGGCAACUUCACAUGCUACUGCUAUGCCGGAUACAACUUCAGUUCAACUUCAAACCAAUGCAAACAAGAUACGAUACCUGACCUUUGUAAAGAUCAAUGUAACGGUACAGACGGAUGUGUUGUUGAUAACAACUCACCCAAGUGUUUCUGCAAAGCUGGAUACCAGCUGAAUGGUGGCAACACACGUUGCGAUGAUAUUAAUGAGUGCAAUUCAACUAAAUCAUGUUCGCAACAAUGCAACAACAUUGUUGGAAGUUACCAAUGCAGUUGUUACGAUGGAUACAAACUCGGAGUUGACAAAAUCACAUGCGAAGUUUGCCAAUUCCCUAACUACGGAGCUCAGUGCUCUAGAAUCUGUCAGUGCGGAGCUGGUUCCGAUCGAUGCGACCCGGUACGCGGAUGCGUCUGUAGGGCUGGCUGGACGGGAACCAACUGUGACACCGACAUAAACGAGUGCGAAACGCCAAAUAAAUGCAAUGACGCCAACAAAGUGUGCACGAACACGAUUGGUUCAUUUUCGUGCAAUUGUCGAGCGGGAUUUAAUGAUAAUAAUGUCACAUGUGUUGACAUCGACGAAUGUCAGAGGCUAGAUCUGAACACGUGUAGUCAGAAUUGUACCAACACGAUCGGUGGAUUCACCUGCUCCUGUGGGGAAGGCUACAUAGUUAACCAGAACGACGCGACAAAGUGCUUAGAUUUCGACGAGUGCCAAGCUGGGGUGUCAGGUUGUCAACAUAUUUGCUCGAACAGCGUCGGACGCUUCAGCUGUGAAUGUUACUUUGGUUUUGAACUACAGGCAGACCGCAAGAAAUGCGUUUUAGCGAAUGACGUGUGCAAGAAAGAGUUCCCAGACAACGGCUGCUCGGACAUUUGUAGAGCGGACCUGCAAAACAAGACCUACAAUUGCCUAUGUAACACCGGUUACAAGCUUGGUGCUGACAACAAAACGUGCAUAGAUAUAAACGAGUGUGAAGAUAACACGUCGAAUGCAUGCAGUCAAACGUGUUCAAAUACACUUGGGGAUUACACUUGCGCGUGCAAUACGGGCUUCAAACUGGCAAACGACCGUCGCUCUUGUGAAGUAUGUGAUUCUUUCCACUAUGGUGUCAACUGCUCUACCGCGUGUGACUGCGGUGUGGGAGCAGAAAGGUGUGACAGCGUGACAGGAUGCGUAUGCAAGCAAGGCUGGAGUGGCGCAAAAUGCACCAUCGAUCAAGAUGAGUGCGCGGAUCUAAACAGAUGUCCGGGUAGUAACAAGAUGUGCACUAACACGCCCGGCUCGUACCUGUGUAGCUGCAAGACCGGGUUUAAAGAAGAGAAUGCAAUCUGCGUUGAUAUUAACGAAUGUGUGGAGUCUAAUGAUUGUAAGCAGAUUUGCACGAACACACCGGGCAGCUACGAGUGUAGUUGUAAUGCAGGUUACGUGCAAAAUGGCAAAGAGUGCACAGACAUAAAUGAGUGCACAAACGGACAGGCUAAAUGUACUCAGGUGUGCACAAACACUGAUGGCGGCUUCCGUUGCUCGUGCAAUGAAUUUUACAUGCUUGGCGACGAUAAAAAGACUUGCUUACCGCAGCAAAAUUGUUCCACAUCAAACUAUUGUACAAAUGGUGUUUGCGCCUUGAUAAAUACCAACCAAACAUGUACAUGCAAUUCAGGCUUUAAGUUCAAGACAGGGAGCGUAACUGAAUGCGAAGACAUUAAAGAAUGUUCCACAAAUCCCUGCUCGCAAUCAUGCUUUGAAAAAGAGGGCAGCUAUGAAUGCGCGUGUAACCUGACGGGUUAUACGUUGGAUAAAGAUCAGAAGACUUGUAUUGAAUGUCCCGCUCGAAACUACGGUGCAAAUUGCACUUCUGUAUGUUCAUGCAAUGAAACGAACACGUUGUCAUGUGCAUUUGACACUGGUAACUGUACGUGUAAGGCAGGCUGGAAUGGCACCAAUUGUGAUCAAGACCAAAACGAGUGUAGCAUAGACCCAUGUUCUGAAAAUUCUACAUGCACAAACACGCCCGGGUCGUACGUUUGUAACUGCAAUACGGGCUAUAUUAAAUCUGGAGAUGGGACAUGUCAAGUUUGUCCAUCAUGGAAAUAUGGCGUCGGAUGCGCGACUGACUGUGGGUGUAACACAGCCAACUCGCUUAGUUGCUCAAACACUAAUGGAACAUGUACCUGCAAAGAUGGAUGGCAAGGAAACAACUGCACCACGGACGUCGAUGAAUGUGCAUCGAACACAACCAUUUGCGGUGACUCUUUGAAGACUUGCAAGAACGAGCUUGGGUCCUAUACAUGCGAGUGUCGUAAUGGUUAUACAUUGCUAGCCAGUGUAUGUACAGAUAAAAACGAGUGUUUGGAAGCUACCCAUAAUUGCACUCAGAAGUGUACAAACAAUCCUGGGGGAUUUGAAUGUGGAUGCAACCCUGGCUACAGUGGUACAGGAAAUAAUUGCGUUGCUUGCGUGGAUGGCAAUUGGGGUGAACAGUGUAAUAGGAGUUGUGAAUGCGUAGCUAACAACACACAAACCCACUGUGACAAAGUCACCGGUGGUUGCACCUGCAAGACUGGGUGGAAGGGAACCACGUGUGGUGAGGAUCGAGAUGAAUGCACAGAAGGGACCCACGCCUGUCGACCAAAUUCCACGUGUGCCAAUAAUAACGGAUCAUUCACCUGUCCAUGCAACAUCGGAUAUACAGAUGAAGCCGGUGUAUGCACAGCAUGCAGCAACAAUAAAUAUGGGAAUGGCUGUAACACGCCGUGUAACUGCAACACCACCAACGCGUUGGUGUCAACGCAGACUUGCAAUCAUGUGAAUGGCACGUGCUUGUGCAAUGACCAAUGGGAAGGUGCGACAUGUGAAGCCGAUGUAGACGAAUGCAAGCUGGGUACUCACAACUGUCGACAAAAUACCACGUGUGCCAACAAUAACGGAUCAUUCACCUGUCAAUGCAACAUCGGAUAUAUUGAUGUUUCCGGUAUAUGCGAAGCAUGUAGCAACAAUAAAUAUGGGAAUGGCUGUAAUACGCCGUGUAACUGCAACACCACCAACGCGUUGGUUUCAACGCAGACUUGCAAUCAUGUGAAUGGCACGUGCUUGUGCAAUGCCCAAUGGGAAGGUGCGACAUGUGAAGCCGAUGUAGACGAAUGCAAGAUUGGUACUCACAACUGUCGACAAAAUUCCACGUGUGCCAAUAAUAACGGAUCAUUCACCUGUCCAUGCAACAUCGGAUAUACUGAUGUUUCCGGUGUAUGCGAGGCAUGUAGCAACAAUAAAUACGGAAAUGGGUGUAACACGCCGUGUAACUGCAACACCACCAACGCGUUGGUUUCAACGCAGACUUGCAAUCACGUGAAUGGCACGUGCUUGUGCAAUGCCCAAUGGGAAGGUGCGACGUGUGAAGCUGAUGUAGAUGAAUGCAAGCUUGGUACUCACAACUGUCGACAAAAUACCACGUGUGUCAAUAAUAACGGAUCAUUCACCUGUCAAUGCGACGACGGAUAUACUGAUGUUUCCGGUGUAUGCACAGCAUGCAGCAACAAUAAAUAUGGGAAUGGCUGUAACACGCCGUGUAACUGCAACACCACCAACGCGUUGGUGUCAACGCAGACUUGCAAUCAUGUGAAUGGCACGUGCUUGUGCAAUGACCAAUGGGAAGGUGCGACAUGUGAAGCCGAUGUAGACGAAUGCAAGCUGGGUACUCACAACUGUCGACAAAAUACCACGUGUGCCAACAAUAACGGAUCAUUCACCUGUCAAUGCAACAUCGGAUAUAUUGAUGUUUCCGGUAUAUGCGAAGCAUGUAGCAACAAUAAAUAUGGGAAUGGCUGUAAUACGCCGUGUAACUGCAACACCACCAACGCGUUGGUUUCAACGCAGACUUGCAAUCAUGUGAAUGGCACGUGCUUGUGCAAUGCCCAAUGGGAAGGUGCGACAUGUGAAGCCGAUGUAGACGAAUGCAAGAUUGGUACUCACAACUGUCGACAAAAUUCCACGUGUGCCAAUAAUAACGGAUCAUUCACCUGUCCAUGCAACAUCGGAUAUACUGAUGUUUCCGGUGUAUGCGAGGCAUGUAGCAAAAAUAAAUACGGAAAUGGCUGUAACACGCCGUGUAACUGCAACACCACCAACGCGUUGGUUUCAACGCAGACUUGCAAUCACGUGAAUGGCACGUGCUUGUGCAAUGCCCAAUGGGAAGGUGCGACGUGUGACACCGAUGUAGACGAAUGCCAGCUCGGAACUCACAAUUGUAGCGCCAACCUCGAAAAGUUCUGUCACAACACCAACGGAGGGUUUGAAUGCUCGUGUCUGAUAGGAUUCAUUGAAAGAAAUGGAUCAUGCGUUCAGGACGCCUCAACGACAACUACGUUAGCCCCGCAACAGGAUCGCGUUGAUAUUUCCAUCACGAUUGCUAUUCCUAAAGACAUGGUCAGCAAGUUGAACUUUUCUGUGAAGGCGACGUUCGAGCAGUGGGCGGAUAUAUUGUCUACUUUCAUUACUGCCCAGUAUGCGAAUAUGGGUAGCAAACUGAAGAAGGUUAUAGUUAAUCGUAUCUCAAUUGGCAGUGUGAUUGUUUACGCCACUAUUUUCAUGGACGAUGGCCAAGAAGCUUUACAGCUGUUCACACAAGCAACGCAGAGCUUGAACAAUGCAAAACUGAAUUGGAACAACGUGCAAUAUAACGCGAGUGUUGCGGCAGUUGGCGGAGUUAUAUUUGAUGCCACAAAACCAUUGAAUGAUCAAUUGUGUGAUAUUUACUUGAGUGUUCGCGGACAAUGUCCUAACAACUACGCAUGCGUGGUGGUGGAUGAGAAUCCUUCCUGCGAGCCUGUCAAGACGGAGGACGAUUUAGGGCUGGUUUUAGGGCUUGGUAUUGGUAUUCCGCUAUUUUUGAUCGCGGUUCUGGUUGUGGCCAUAAUCAUCAUUUAUGCUGUGAAAAACCGCAGAAGGAAGUUUUCAACUGAAUAUGACAGGGACUCGUUCAACAAUGGUUUCUUCACGCAUGGAAUGCCUGUGAAAAUCGAUACAUGGGGCCGAAACGACCCUAUGUACAAGCAGCACAGCCGCCAAUGGGACUCCUCGUCCUCCUCUACCUUUUCCGAUGAAGACCGGAAGAAGCGCCGAAAUAGAGACGUUGAUUAUGCGAACCAGGAACGCUAUGUUUACGAUAACCAACAACCUUCAAAUUUCUCAUGGGACUUCUUGUACAAUUACAUAUCUCCGAACGAACCAUAUCACAUACAGAGACCACUUACCGAUAGGAGACCACAUCCUAUAUAUGAGGGCACGAAGAUGUGAUAAAGACUUUAUAUUGCGACAAUCAACACAUAUGCUGCCAUGCCCACCUUCUUCAAAAGUAAUGGAUCGUCAUUGUAUGGUUCCAAUCCAAAAAAUAAUAUUUCAUUGGGACAUAAAUCUGUGUUCAAAACAUUGAUGGCCCAUGUUGAAAUAUGUGAAAUUGAAAAUAAUUGACGAAUAAACACGAUUUGACCAACGUUUUGAUGAAAAUGUACAACUGAAGUUCUGUUGAUGAAAAGGAAACACGUAUAUGUUUGUUUAACAUUUGUUCUAUUACCCCAUCUAAACAAUCAAAAUAAUGUAUAUAUUUCACUUCGUAUGUGAUAUCUGAGAUAUAACUUUGCUUUUGUACAUAUCAAACAUACGGUGCUCAACAAUUUUUUUAGUGUAUACUAUUUUCUGUAUCAACGACAUUUAAAUUUUGAAUUCGAUAGUUUCUGGUUAUGAACGGUUGCGUUUGCUACGUGGAACACACUAUUCAUUGAAAGUGGAUGCACGGCGGAUUCAAGUUUUUGUUUAAAAAAUGUGACAGUUGACUUGAAUUAACCUCAUAAAAUAGUGUAUGUUUUCGAAUUCUUUUGUAAUCGGAAAACAAUGAAGUUUGUUGCAUAAUUAAAGCUUUCCGAAGCACACAUAUAAAAUAUUUGCACACAUAUCAAAUAUCUAUGUAUAUAUAUAUAUAUAUACGUGUAUGAUUGCAUUUCAAGUACAUCGAAAUAAUUGUAUCUCACCUGAUUACUUGAAGAGAUUGACGGUGAUCAUAAAGUUUUAAACCACUGAUCGAAAAAAGUCACAUUGUUUGGGUAGUCUGGGUAUAUGAGCUGCAUUUUGUUAUGAUUUUUUUUAUUGCAAAGAGAUAAACGAAGCCUUUAUUGGCGCAUACAUGUGCAUUUUCUGUGUUCCAAUUACGUAUUUUAAUGAACUAUAUUGAACUUAUUAUGAUCAAUGCAUUAUUUUUAACACAUAGUUUGUUAUGCAAUAUUAAUGAUUGUGUAAGGAUAUGAAAUCCGUCUGUAUUUUGUUGUUGUUAUUAUACUAUAUUGCAUACAAAGGUAGAAUUCAUAUCUGCUUUUUAAUUGAGUGUACAACCAGUUAUAAGAACCCAAGUAGUUUCACAUGAAUACUUUAUUUGUCUGAAUGUUAAAUAGUAAAAUAUGCAUUUUAAGUAUCCCUUAUUAUAAUCGUUGUCUUUAUCACCUUAUUCUUGUUCAUGUAACAUUAAAAAUAAGCCCUUAUAAAUUAAUCAAUGUUAUAUCAAACGUCACCUGUUUUUAGAAGUUGUAAAUAUUGUUUCAUGUAUUCGAUAGUGAACAUUUUUGUUCAAACGAAGAAUCAUAUAUGUAUUAAUAUUGCUGUUACAUGUUUGUAUAUAUUAAUCUAUUUGUGCUGUUAUACUCAUGUUCUUAUUUAAGGAUUAUUAUAUAUAAGUUAAUAUAAGAUUAUAUUUUUGAUAAAGAUGAAUAACAUAUUGCAAGUUUUAUGUUGAUUUUCUAAUUUUGCGGGAUUUCCUCCUCAUGAAACCAAUUACACAAUAAGAAUAAAGUUACAAGAGCAGAUCGUGUAAAUUAGAUCUUGUUAAAAUAUAUCAAUUUGACAAAGUUUACAUUAUGUAUGCAUUGGCUUUUAAUAUUCAAUUUUGAAAAUGUUGCGUAAAACACAGCAUUUUAAAGCCACACAUCACAAAAACGCCCUAGACUAUUGUUAAGAAUUAUUUUGUGGUAACCAGAAUUGUCUAUAAGAGCAUCAUUGAAAAUGCUUCUACAUGCAUGUUAACAAUAUAACAAAGAUGGACUUUAAAUUAGAACACGUAGGUUGUUAAUUUUAUAGUUGCUAAUGGUUAGAAGUUAUGACAUGGCAUGAUCUACUAUGGACGACUGUUUGAAACGCAGAGUUGCACAUAAGACUGUGAGUUUACAAAACAUAACUCGAUUCGACUGAUGUCCAACAUUAAAUAACAAAAGGUUGGCUUAUGAACAUGGCUAUAGAUAAAGCAACACAUAUUAUAUAUACAUUUAAACAUAAACAUAAUUCAGUAAUUCAUAUGAAUGUAUUAUAUUAAAUGAUAUGACAGUGGAAUAUAGAACAUAUAAGCA